AUGUCGUACGGCGCCAGUGCCGCCCGUCGCGACCCACACGCAACGGCCACCACGUCGUCCUCGUUCAGCGCGACGAUGCCGGCGGUCACACCUGCGUCGCUAUUCGGGCUCACCCUGCGCACACACGACAUAUCGCAGCCGCACGACCUCCUCUCGCCUGCGUCGGCGGUGUCGUCCGCGCCAAAGUCCGCGCUCGCGCAGUCGCCGUUCGACGCGCCCGAGGUUGGCGCCCCCGCCGAUCCCGAGGUCGACGCCGGCCCCUUGCCGGUGCGCCCGCCGCCGAGCUACGACCCCAGCUGGAGCGCGGCGCCGACGCCGACCGAGAGCACCGGCCACACGGCGGCGUAUGAGAGCAUGAAGCCUGCCAUCUUGCUUGAGAGGGAGGAGGAGGGGCCUAGUCGGGGCGCCGCCGAUGGUGGUAGGGACGAGAAGAGAUGA